GUAUUCAACUGUCCUGCGAACCUGGCCUCUCAUCAACGCUGGCACCGCCCUGGCACAGCUGCUACCGCAUCUGGUACCAACUCCUAUUCCACGGAUAAAUGCAAACCAAGGCCUAAACCUUCAGAACAGAGCCGUAUCCCAUCAGUUCACUGCUCGUCAGGGCCUGAGACGAUUUUAGAGCGCGCCAGCACCAAUUCGGCUGAGCCAGAGAGAGCCCAAGAUUUCGAGAGCCUGCAAGCUCGCCAGACGAUGCAGAGACCAGACUCAAGUCUCUCACAGACUGGCGAAAUAACAGUCAAUUCACAGUCUCAAGAGGCAAUACUUCUUCCCCACAAUUCCAAAACUGCAAAUAUUUCACUUAGUUUUCAGCUCUUUGAAGCAGUCUCUCCGGUGCGUAAGCAAUCAGACAUCUUUCCUUCACUCCCCGAGCACAAAGUACCAAUAAUGACUCAACAUUGGCAUCGUCAGCCUGAAGAGGCUCUUGCGAUAAAUGGUCAAACCGUGGACAAGCAGAGCGAUCCACAUUUGUCACAUGAUAUUCCCCAUAGCAGGGCAAUUCCUGACGCCACCAGAGAGAGUUCCCAUCCCGAGGAUCGAAAUAUCAUAUUGUGCUCGAUCGACCUCACGGGAUCAAAGCAGACUGGCUCAGUGAAUUCCAACGAACGCCAUGCCGUUGGCUCAUUUGGCAACGGAAGUGUGAGCAAAAGCUCGUUUUCUGUGGACGCACUGCUUGCUUGA